AUGUACACCUCCCACACCCCACCGCUUAUGUACACCUCCCACACCCCACCGCUUAUGUACACCUCCCUAGCCCCACCACUUAUGUACAACUCCCACACCCCACCGCUUAUGUACACCUCUCACACCCCACCGCUUAUGUACACCUCCCACACCCCACCACUUAUGUACACCUCCCACACCCCACCGCUUAUGUACACCUCCCACACCCCACCACGUAUGUACACCUCCCACACCCCACCGCUUAUGUACACCUCCCACGCCUUGCAGCCCACGUAUGUACACCUCCCACACCCCACCGCUUAUGUACACCUCCCACGCCUUGCAGCCCACGUAUGUACACCUCCCACACCCCACCGCUUAUGUACACCUCCCACGCCUUGCAGCCCACGUAUGUACACCUCCCACACCCCACCGCUUAUGUACACCUACCACGCCUUGCAGCCCACGUAUGUACACCUCCCACACCCCACCACUUAUGUACACCUCCCACGCCUUGCAGCCCACGUAUGUACACCUCCCACACCCCACCGCUUAUGUACACCUCCCACGCCUUGCAGCCCACGUAUGUACAACUUCCACACCCCACCGCUUAUGUACAACUCCUACACCCCACCGCUUAUGUACAACUCCCACACCCCACCGCUUAUGUACACCUCCCAAACCCCACUAAUGUACACUUUCACACCCCACCGCUUAUGUACACCUCCCACACCCCACCGCUUAUGUACACCUCCCACACCCCACCUCUUAUGUACACCUCCCACACCCCAAUCAAUUAUGUACAACUCCCUAGCCCCAACAAUUAUGUACACCUCCCAAACCCCACUAAUGUACACUUUCACACCCCACCGCUUAUGUACACCUCCCACACCCCACCGCUUAUGUACACCUCCCACACCUUGCAGCCCACGUAUGUACAACUUCCACACCCCACCGCUUAUGUACACCUCCCACACCCAAUCAAUUAUGUACAACUCCCUAGCCCCAACAAUUAUGUACACCUCCCAAACCCCACUAAUGUACACUUUCACACCCACGCCUUGCAGCCCACGUAUGUACAACUCCCACACCCCACCGCUUAUGUACAACUGCCACACCCCACCACUUAUGUACACCUACCACGCCUUGCAGCCCACGUAUGUACACCUCCCACACCCCACCACUUAUGUUCACCUCCCACGCCUUGCAGCCCACGUAUGUACACCUCCCACACACCACCGCUUAUGUACACCUCCCACGCCUUGCAGCCCACGUAUGUACAACUUCCACACCCCACCGCUUAUGUACACCUCCCACACCCAAUCAAUUAUGUACAACUCCCUAGCCCCAACAAUUAUGUACACCUCCCAAACCCCACUAAUGUACACUUUCACACCCCACCGCUUAUGUACACCUCCCACACCCCACCGCUUAUGUACACCUCCCACACCCCACCUCUUAUGUACACCUCCCACACCCCACCGCUUAUGUACACCUCCCACACCCCACCGCUUAUGUACACCUCCCACACCCCACCGCUUACGUACACCUCUCACACCCCACCGCUUAUGUACACCUCCCACACCCCACCGCUUAUGUACACCUCCCACGCCUUGCAGCCCACGUAUGUACAACUCCCACACCCCACCGCUUAUGUACAACUGCCACACCCCACCACUUAUGUACACCUCCCACACCUUGCAGCCCACGUAUGUACAACUUCCACACCCCACCACUUAUGUACACCUCCCACACCCCACCGCUUAUGUACACCUCCCACACCCCACCGCUUAUGUACACCUCCCCCGCCUUGCAGCCCGCUUAUGUACACCUCCCACACCCAAUCAAUUAUGUACACCUCCCACACCCAAUCAAUUAUGUACACCUCCCACACCUUGUAGCCCACUUAUGUACAACUCCCACACCCCACCACUUAUGUACACCUCCCAAACCCCACUUAUGUACACUUUUACACCCAACCGCUUAUGUACACCUCCCACACCCCACCGCUUAUGUACACCUCCCACACCUUGUAGCCCACUUAUGUACACCUCCCACACCCCACCGCUAAUGUACACCUCCCACACCCCACCACUUAUGUACACCUCCCACACCCCACCGCUUAUGUACACUUAUCACGCCUUGCAGCCCGCUUAUGUACACUUUAUGCUCACCUUCCACACACCUUAUGCACACACACCUCCCAAACUUAGCAGACAACUUACACCUUCCUUUUACUUAUUUACCACCUCCUAA